CCGAGCAACGCGCUGCCGGCGGGAGUGAUCUGCAAGCAAAACCUCCACCAUGAGUCUCCUCAAUAAACCCAAGAGUGAGAUGACCCCAGAGGAGCUGCAGAAGCAGGAGGAGGAGGAAUUCAACCCGGGCCCCCUCUCAGUGCUCACGCAGUCGGUCAAGAACAACACACAGGUGCUCAUUAACUGUCGCAACAACAAGAAGCUCCUGGGACGGGUGAAGGCCUUUGACAGGCACUGCAACAUGGUGCUGGAGAAUGUAAAGGAGAUGUGGACUGAGGUCCCCAAGAGCGGCAAGGGCAAGAAGAAGUCCAAGCCUGUCAACAAGGACCGCUACAUCUCCAAGAUGUUCCUACCCCAUGCUGGAGUGAAGGGCUGGUGGGAGGACCAGCGUAGCACCCCUGUGGGCAGUUGA